CUCUAUAGAACUUGUUCCAUAUACGAAAGAGAUACAAUACGAAGUCUGUUUUUUCUAGCUGUUCAUGAGGAUAAACAUUUGUAAACAGAACUAAAAGGUAUGAAUGAAGUUAUUAAGAAUCAUGGUUUCGUACUUACAAAUUUAGCCACCGGAUGUCGCUGUCGUCCAUAAAAUGCGUAGCUUACAGGAACAAAGAAGUAAUCCACUGAGUCUCAAGGACCAGGAAGUGGCUGUACUGUGACAUUUCAGCCAUCCCGAUAAGAAAAUGGAACUAAGAAACCGAGCAGGAGGUAUUAGUGCGUGUGUGCGUUCCAGACGGAGUCCUCCUGGGUUUGUGAAGCAAGAACAAGGUAGGCGAUUGGGCUACAGAUCCAGCAGUCUGGGAUCCCGGCGUCUGCUGCUCUCGCUUCUGCUGCUGGCUGCCUGGGAGUCCGGGCACGGCCAGCUGCGCUACGCGGUCCCCGAGGAGGCCCAGCACGGCACGUUCGUGGGCCGCCUCGCGCAGGACCUGGGGCUGGAGCUGGCGGAGCUGGUGCCGCGCCUGUUCCGGGUGGCGUCCAAGGAGCGCGGGGAGCUGCUGGAGGUGAACGUGCAGAAUGGCAUUUUGUUUGUGAACGCGCGGGUGGACCGGGAGGAGCUGUGCGGGCGGAGCGCGGAGUGCAGCCUCCACCUGGAGGUGAUCGUGGACAGGCCGCUGCGGGUGUUCCACGUGGAGGUGGAGGUGGAGGACAUCAACGACAACCCGCCCGUGUUCUCUGUAGCAGAACAAAAAAUCUUGAUACCAGAAUCGCGACUCCUUGACUCCCGAUUUCCACUGGAAGGAGCGUCAGAUGCAGAUGUUGGAGAGAAUGCAGCGCUCACCUACAAACUCAGUUCAAAUGAGUUCUUCAGCCUUGAUACUAUAAACAAAAAAGACAGAGGCAAAUUUCCAGUGCUUGUUCUGCGCAAAGCACUCGACCGCGAAGAAAAUCCUCAGCUUAAAUUGUUGCUGACUGCAACCGAUGGAGGCAAACCUGAAUUAACUGCAUCUGUUUCCUUAUUGAUCGUGGUGUUGGAUGCCAAUGAUAACGCGCCUGUAUUUGACAGAUCCAUAUAUGAAGUGAAGAUGUAUGAAAAUCAAGCCAACCAAACGUUAUUAAUACGGUUAAACGCUUCUGAUGCAGAUGAAGGGCUAAACAAGGAACUAGUCUAUUCCUUUAGCUCUUUGGUGCCACCUCUUGUAAGAAGGAAAUUUGUGAUAGAUGAAAGGACAGGAGAAAUAAGGGUGAAUGAUGCUGUUGACUUUGAAGAGAGCAACAAUUAUGAAAUUCACGUAGAUGUUUCGGAUAAAGGAUAUCCGCCUAUGGCUGGUCACUGUACUGUCCUGGUGGAAAUCCUGGAUGAAAACGACAAUUCACCAGAGAUAGUACUCACGACAUUGUCGCUCCCAGUAAAGGAAGAUGCCCCGGUGGGCACCGUGAUCGCCCUGGUGAGCGUGUCCGACCGCGACGCCGGGGCCAACGGGCAGGUGAGCUGCUCGCUGCCGCCACACCUGCCCUUCAAGCUGGCGUCCACCUUCAGGAACUACUACUCCCUGGUGCUGGACAGCGCCCUGGACCGCGAGGCCACCGCGGGCUACCAGGUGGUGGUGACGGCGCGGGACGGGGGCUCGCCCCCGCGGUGGGCCACGGCCAGCGUGUGGGUGGAGGUGGCCGACGUGAACGACAACGCGCCCGUGUUCGCGCAGGCCGAGUACACGGUGUCGGUGCGCGAGAACAACGCGCCCGGCGCGCACAUCUGCACGGUGAGCGCGCGGGACGCGGACGCGCAGGAGAACGCGCGCGUGUCCUACGCGCUGGUGGAGCGGCGCGUGGGCGAGCGCGCGCUGUCGAGCCUCGUGUCGGUGCACGCGCAGAGCGGCCGCGUGCACGCGCUGCAGCCGCUGGACCACGAGGAGCUGGCGCUGCUGCAGUUCCAGGUGAGCGCGCGCGACGCCGGCGCGCCUGCGCGGGGCAGCAACGCCAGCCUGCAGCUGUUCGUGCUGGACGAGAACGACAACGCGCCGGCGCUGCUGGGGCCGGCCGGGGGCGGGGCGCGGAGCCACGCGCUGGCGCGCUCGGCGGGCGCGGGCCACGUGCUGACCAAGGUGCGCGCGCUGGACGCGGACUCGGGCUACAACGCGUGGCUGGCGUACGAGCUGCAGCCGGCGGCGGCCGGGGCGCGCAGCCCGUUCCGCGUGGGGCUGUACACGGGCGAGGUCAGCACCACGCGCGCCCUGGACGAGGCGGACGCGCCGAGGCAGCGCCUGGUGGUGCUGGUGCGGGACCACGGCGAGCCCGCGCUCACGGCCACGGCCACGCUGCUGGUGUCGCUGGUGGACGGCGCUCCGUCGCCGAAGCUGUCUGCGCGCGCGUCGGCGGGCCGCGUGGGCGCGGAGGCGUCGCCGCUGGACGUGAACGCGUCGCUGAUGGUGGCCAUCUGCGCGGUGUCCGGCCUGCUGGUGCUGACGCUGCUGCUGUGGGUGGCGCUGCGGUGCUGCGGGGCGGCGCGGAGCGAGGGCGCGUGCGCGCCGGGGAAGCCGGUGCUGGUGUGCUCCAGCGCGGUGGGGAGCUGGUCCUCGUGCCGGCAGAGGAGGCCCGGGCUGUGCUCCGCCGACGGCCCGCCCAAGGCCGACCUCAUGGCCUUCAGCCCCAGCCUUACCCCCUGUCCAGUGCCGAACAUUGGAAUGGAAGAUCAAUUAGUUGGCGGCGAUGAAUCUGGGAAGGGCGCCUCCGACGCGGACGUCGGCACCAAUGCCUAUUUGAGUUACCAUCUGAGCCCCAAUGACUAUUUCUCCCUGGAAGUUCCAACCCAGGACGAGCAGGUAAAACCUCUGGAACUGGUAUUAAAAAAACAUUUAGAUAGAGAAGUAGAUCCAGAGCUUCGCCUGGUACUUAAAGCGACGGAUGGGGGCAAACCCGAGCUGACAGGAACGGUGGCGCUACGCAUCACAGUGCUGGAUGCCAACGACAACGCGCCGGUGUUUGACAAAGCAGUCUAUCGAGUGAAACUGGUGGAAAACGCAAGAAAUGGCACCCUGGUGAUUAGACCUAAUGCCUCGGAUGUGGAUGAGGGUUCCAACGGUCACAUUCUUUUUUCUUUUGGAGCCGAUGUUUCUCCUAAGACGCGGGCCACUUUUCAUAUUGAUCCCUCCAGUGGAGAGAUUAAAGUAAACGGAAAUAUAGAUUUUGAAGACACGGAAUUAUGGAAGAUUCAGGUCGAAGCAGUUGACAAAGGCAAUCCUCCAAUGUUUGGUCACUGCACAAUCUUGGUAGAAGUCUUGGACGUCAAUGAUAAUGCCCCGGAAUUGCUGGUAACGUCUCUCUCGCUCCCCAUUCGAGAGGAUGCGCCCGUGGGCACCGUGAUCGCCCUGGUGAGCGUGUCCGACCGCGACGCCGGCGCCAACGGGCAGGUGAGCUGCUCGCUGCCGCCACACCUGCCCUUCAAGCUGGCGUCCACCUUCAGGAACUACUACUCCCUGGUGCUGGACAGCGCCCUGGACCGCGAGGCCACCGCGGGCUACCAGGUGGUGGUGACGGCGCGGGACGGGGGCUCGCCCCCGCGGGGGGCCACGGCCAGCGUGUGGGUGGAGGUGGCCGACGUGAACGACAACGCGCCCGUGUUCGCGCAGGCCGAGUACACGGUGUCGGUGCGCGAGAACAACGCGCCCGGCGCGCACAUCUGCACGGUGAGCGCGCGGGACGCGGACGCGCAGGAGAACGCGCGCGUGUCCUACGCGCUGGUGGAGCGGCGCGUGGGCGAGCGCGCGCUGUCGAGCCUCGUGUCGGUGCACGCGCAGAGCGGCCGCGUGCACGCGCUGCAGCCGCUGGACCACGAGGAGCUGGCGCUGCUGCAGUUCCAGGUGAGCGCGCGCGACGCCGGCGCGCCUGCGCGGGGCAGCAACGCCAGCCUGCAGCUGUUCGUGCUGGACGAGAACGACAACGCGCCGGCGCUGCUGGGGCCGGCCGGGGGCGGGGCGCGGAGCCACGCGCUGGCGCGCUCGGCGGGCGCGGGCCACGUGCUGACCAAGGUGCGCGCGCUGGACGCGGACUCGGGCUACAACGCGUGGCUGGCGUACGAGCUGCAGCCGGCGGCGGCCGGGGCGCGCAGCCCGUUCCGCGUGGGGCUGUACACGGGCGAGGUCAGCACCACGCGCGCCCUGGACGAGGCGGACGCGCCGAGGCAGCGCCUGGUGGUGCUGGUGCGGGACCACGGCGAGCCCGCGCUCACGGCCACGGCCACGCUGCUGGUGUCGCUGGUGGACGGCGCUCCGUCGCCGAAGCUGUCUGCGCGCGCGUCGGCGGGCCGCGUGGGCGCGGAGGCGUCGCCGCUGGACGUGAACGCGUCGCUGAUGGUGGCCAUCUGCGCGGUGUCCGGCCUGCUGGUGCUGACGCUGCUGCUGUGGGGGGCGCUGCGGUGCUGCGGGGCGGCGCGGAGCGAGGGCGCGUGCGCGCCGGGGAAGCCGGUGCUGGUGUGCUCCAGCGCGGUGGGGAGCUGGUCCUCGUGCCGGCAGAGGAGGCCCGGGCUGUGCUCCGCCGAGGGCCCGCCCAAGGCCGACCUCAUGGCCUUCAGCCCCGGCCUUCCACCGAGUUCUGGUUGUGGAGAUAAUGGAGUCCAACAGGAGAGCUUUGAGAAUGUAAGUACAGUAACCCUGGGUUGUAUUUAACGUGUUCAUUUCCUUCAUGUGGAUGACCAAUUUAUUAUUUAAGUUCAUGGGUUUUGUGGAUUUGUUUCAUUUUAGUCUU